ACACAAGUGGUCAGCUGACUGCUGGGAGUGUCACGUCACUGCUUUCAAAGUCGGAAAUCUUUUCACUUGUAGUCCUGUGACGGCAGCAGUCGCACUUUGUUUUUUGGUCCACGGUUUCUGUGUGCUACACUCGAGAAAAGAUGUCUCUCUAUCCUUCACUAGAAGACCUGAAGGUCGACAAAGUCAUGAAGGCACAGACCAACUUUGCUGCCUCUACCACCACACCUGCAAUUGCAGAAGCCGCCACUGAAGCUGGAGGAGGAACUUGGUCUGCCAAGCCAGGGCUCUAUCCAAACCUUCAAGAGCUCGGUGAAUAUAUGGGGCUGAGCCUAAACAGUGAUGAGGUUCAGAGGAAUCUUGCGCUGGUCCCAGCAUCUGAUAAUCAGGUGGCCACUAGAUCAUCUUCCAACAACGUGGUUUGCCCAGUAACUGGGAAUGACAUGGGCAUCCGCAGAGCUGAGAUCAAGCAGGGGAUACGAGAAGUAAUCCUCUGUAAAGAUGAAGAUGGCAAAGUUGGCCUCCGAUUGCGCAACAUUGACAAUGGCAUUUUUGUCCAGCUGGUUCAAGCAAAUUCCCCUGCUGCCUUAGCUGGUCUUCGCUUUGGUGACCAGGUCUUGCAAGUCAAUGGUCAGAAUUGUGCUGGCUGGAGCUUGGACAAAGCACACAAGGUCCUGAAGGCAUCAGCUCAGGAUAGAAUUGAGUUCAUCGUCCGAGACAGGCCAUUCCAGCGUACAAUUACAAUGCACAAAGACAGCAGUGGCCACGUGGGCUUCAUCUUUAAGGAUGGAAAGAUCACCUCCAUUGUGAAGGACAGCUCUGCUGCCCGAAAUGGGAUCCUGACCGACCACUACAUCUGUGAGAUCAAUGGCCAGAACGUCAUCGGGCUGAAGGACUCUCGGGUCAAAGAGAUCCUGGUUUCAUCCGGAACUGCGGUGACCAUCACCCUCAUGCCAAAGUUCAUCUAUGAGCACAUGGUGAAAAGAAUGGCUCAUGGUCUUCUGAAGUCCUCAAUGGAUCACUCCAUCCCUGACGUGUGAUGGGGACGAUGCCUUUGCACGAUGACCUGAAAAAUCGUCCUUUUGUCUUCAAGAAGCCCUAGCCAUGGAGUUCUGGAUCUGUCCGAGUAGCUGCCUUAAUAUCAAUCUUCUUGUGUGUCGGGAGGGAUUUCUGCUCUGAUUACAAACUUUCAAAUGCUGGCUACGUAAGAUUUUGCUACAUAAGAUUUUUUUUUUCUCCUGUUUUCAGAGUCCUAUUAAUUUACUGUGCCAUUUUUACUUUGUUUUUGGAAAAAAUCUUGAGAUAUAUUUAGUAACAUCUGUGGAGAGUUCACAGCAUGCAUGAUGGCUCCUAGAAGUCGCAGAAAGACAACAUUCCAGCCAUUUGGCCCUGGUGCCAUGCCCAGCUCGACUCCUCAUCGUGCUAUAAUUUGUUUUUUGUUUUUUUUGUUCCUCUUCUCGAGGUGUUAACGUUCUCCUUGUUUAUAUCUCGGCCUGAGUGAAUGAGACGGUCACUACAAAAAAAGGUUCAUCAGUUGUGAUGCCGGUGUUGUUUUGGCAGAUUGAGUUGAAGUUCACCUGAUGCCAUCCGUCACGGGACACAUCAAUGUUAGUCCAGCACUGUUGAGUUUUCUGUUCAGAGUACUAGUAACCAAUCAAUAAUUAAUCUUUUGUAUUGAAGUAUAUAUAAUAUUCUGUAAUAAACUUUUAUAGUUCAGUCAGUCACCCAA